CUCACUCCAAAGAGGAACACGCCAUUUCACGAGGCGCACCCCUCUGUAGAAAAAUAUGGACGAGGCCGAAAUUUAUAAAUUGCCGGCAGCCGUGCGGUGACGUAGGUCUUCCCGAGUAAUAGUCAAAGCAAGGCGUUGUGAUCGGUCAACUAAAACUUGCUUUGCGCUUCAGUUUCGAUUUUUGUUAACAUUUACCUAGCCAUAAAAAACAGAACUGCCGUCAAAUUAAGUCAGCUACUCUUGCAUAGAGACACUAGGUUAGUUUUCGUUUUCAAAGUACUACUUAAAUGUUUACGCCCGCUCAAUGCAGUGCUGUAUAGCACUUAACAGUAUCACAUUAUUGCGUUUUUUAACUUGUAUAAUAUAUGAUGACACAAGCUGUCAUUGGUUUUUGUCAGAAACAAGUAGACUCGACACGAAAAUGAAAGAAAAGUAGCUAACCACGAGCUAUCUGUCACAUAGCAAACUACUAGCCAAUUUUGCUCGAUAGCAUUAGCAGCCUUAGCUGUGUUAAAGUGACUUACGUUUGGUCUUCACGUGUAUGCUAUGUGACUUUACCACCCGGGGAGUUAGCGCUUGUGUGUUAGACCAACUGUGGGGGUUAUCUAGCAAUUGUCCUGACUAAUAUGCUCGUAGGGCUACUGCUAAUGUAGCUUCAAACUGCAGCGUAAGGCUAGCUUGUUGUUGCUAGCUGCACAAGUGACAAGAGGCUAUCAGGACAGACAAUGGCCGCACCAUCAACCGAGGCGCUUUUCUUAAUUAAAGAUGUAAAGCCCGGAUCGAAAAACCUUAAUAUUGUAUUCAUCGUUUUGGAAAUAGGACGAGUCACCAAAACAAAAGAUGGCCAUGAAGUACGAUCCUGCAAGGUGGCAGACAAGAGUGGGAGUAUUGCUAUCUCUGUUUGGGAUGAACUGGGUAGUCUAAUUCAACCAGGGGACAUUAUCAAACUCACCAGAGGAUAUGCCUCCAUAUGGAAAGGCUGCCUGACACUUUACACUGGAAGAGGUGGUGAUCUGCAGAAGAUUGGAGAGUUUUGUAUGGUGUAUUCAGAAGUGCCCAAUUUUAGUGAGCCAAAUCCAGAGCUGCUUGCCCAAGCAAACCAGCAAAAUAAAUCGGGUAAACCUGACCAGAAUCAGAGGGGAAACUCUCCGCCAAAUCAGAAUUCAGAACCCAGCUCGUCGUCUUUCAUUAUCGACUUCAACUUGGCAUAUGAAGAACUCAACUUUACUUACAAUGACACAGAAUUCAUCAUAGACCCAGGGACUCAACCCUGCAGCCCAUUUUCAAUCCCGGAUGCUGUGACAGUUUUUGUCUGUGUUUUUUAUAUCAUUAUCUUUCUUUUGGCCAUCCCUGGAAAUCUGAUAGUGGGUCUUGUGAUCGGCCUCAGCAAACAGGCGCUGCCCCCUUCUGACCUCUACCUCCUCCACCUGGCAGUUGCCGACCUCCUGCUGGCCGUCACGCUUCCAUUCUGGGCCACCUCUGUCACGAAGGGCUGGGUGUUUGGAGACACCAUGUGCAAAAUAAUCACCAUCGUCCAAGAGCUCAGUUUCUACUCCAGCAUCCUCUUCCUAACGUGCAUCAGUAUGGACCGCUACAUGGCGAUUGUACGAGCGAUGGAGGCCCGAAGGUCGAACCGGCAGCUCAUCAGUUGGGGGAUUUGUACAGCUGUCUGGGCCAUAGGAGCACUUCUAUCCUUGCCGGCGUUAUUUUAUUCAUCCUUCUCGUCCAACAACUCCAGUCAGACAGUGUGUGCUGAAUUCUACGAUCCCAGCAGUGCUAACGAAUGGCGCCUGGCCACAAGAGUUCUUCGCCACUCUCUGGGUUUUGUUAUCCCUUUGGCCAUCAUGCUGCCCUGUUACGGUGUGACAAUCCGGCGCCUCCUUCACAUCCGAGGGGGAUUUCAGCGCCAACGAGCCAUGAGGGUGAUCGUGUUUGUGGUUGUUGCUUUCCUGCUGUGUUGGACGCCGUACCACAUCGCCGUAAUGACGGACACGUUUUUCCGAGCAAAAAUAGUCACGUACCAGUGCCCUGCCAGGAUGGCAGUGGAUCAGGCCAUGUUCGCUACUCAGAGUCUGGGCCUACUGCAUAGUUGUGUCAACCCGGUGCUCUAUGCUUUUGUGGGGGAGAAGUUCAGGAGAAGAUUGCAGCAGAUUAUGCGGAGGAUGGGGGUCCUGGAGAGAACGUCACUGUCCAAAACUAGCAGGUCUUCACUGUCGUCUGAGGUCACAUCUACUUUUAUGUAAACAAGCCAAAUCUAAUUUUGUAAUCACUCGAUAUGCAGUUUUAACCAUCCAUUGAUUGGAAUGAUUUUGUAUUUAUUCUUUUAUUAUCAUCUUUUUCAAAACCUGUGGACUGCUGGGUUGUUAUGCUAAUAAGCAACGACGAUGAUGAUAUAUAUUUACUACAUAUUUUGACCUACAUUCAUAUGGUUCUAGCACGUGGGUGCCCAAAGUGCGGCCCGAGGGCCAUGUGCGUCCCGUGGCAGUUUUUUUACGGGCUCGUGACACAUUUUAAAAAUGUAGGAAGAACACAAGAACACUUAAAAAAUAUACACAAAAUUGAAAAAUCAGCAGUAAUUUUACAAAAAUAUAGUGAAAAUAUUAAGACAAAAAAGUUAUCAUCUCAGAAGAAAAAGUACCGUCAUCAUUUUACGAGAAUAACAUCGUUAUAUAAGGAAAAAUAGCGUCAUUUUAGCAGCAUGAAGUUCAAAUAUCAAUGAAAAAAAAUAUUUCUUUCAAGUCAUAAUAUUAUGCAAAACAAAAUAAAGUGUACAUUUUUGGAAAAAGUAAUGAAAUGGGAAUAACGUCAAAAUAUUACAAGAUGAUAACGUUUAAGUAGUUGGAAAAUGAAAAAAAAAACAGCUGUAAUUGUACGAGAAUAAAGUCAAAAUAUUAACAGAAAAAUGUAUUGUAACAAGAACAAAAGUUUGUGUAGGCUCUCAGUCGUACAGGAGUUGUGCAUCGAGGAAAAGGCUUCUUGAGACGUCAUCUGUACUUCUGUGAAGAAGGUGUCGGACAUUUCGCUCCUCAUCCAAAGAGCUUCGUCAGCGAACUAAUAAGUGCUGGUAGCCUAGGCCUUAAAUACAGUAAGAGUGGGCGGAAUUGGUGUGCCAACACCCUCCUCCUAUUGGUUCCUUACACUAAGCCUGGGCGGAGUAGUGGUCUAAUCCUCUCCUGACAUUAGCACCGCCGAUAAAAGGGAAGUGUCCCUCCCUGAGUUGGGUAUGAACGACUCUGAUACUGGCUCGUUAGCAUCUACUGUUUUGGCUCGGCCCUGGCUC